AUGUCUACAGUCAAAAGCAAAAAGUCCAUGCUCCCGCCCAUCAACUUGAUUUUCAAGUACUUACAGCAACAGUCGGUGGUUACGAUAUGGCUAUACGAACAGACACAGCUGAGAAUCCAGGGCAAAGUACGUGGAUUCGAUGAGUUCAUGAACAUCGUGGUGGAUGAAGCCGUGGAAGUGUCGACGAAGGACGGGUCUAAGGAAGAAUUGGGCCGUAUUCUCUUAAAGGGUGACAACAUCACCCUCAUUUCAAGUUUGGAUGUAUAG